GCUGCCCCAACUACAAAACGCACAAUUUUAGUCCGUUUCUACGCUGCGCUCCCGCAACAAAAUUCAAAUUCCUUUUAUAUUUGAUAACUUCCCUCGUCACAAUUUCAUUUCCCUUCUCAGAGCGGGAACCAAACUUCCAAAAGAAAACUCACCUGAAAAAUGAGAGGAAACAACACGCGCCGCCGUCCAACAGAGUCCUUAAUUCCGCAACAACCACCACCGCCAGACCACCACCGUCAAUUCACCUCCCGUGACUCCGAUGCUAGUUUCGCUAGUUCCCGCCCAUCUACAAUCGGAGUCGGCAGAUCCUCCGAACUUUACACAGAUCGCGGCCACCAAAACUCGGCAGUUCGCGCCAUCAACACUUACCUCUCUUCUCACUCAUCAAGUCUCUCACUACGAACACACCCUAUCUCCUCCGCUAAAGACAUCACUGAAGUACUCCAAUUUCUACUCCACCAAUUAGAUUACCCUACAACGAAACUGGAAGAUGAUCUUUUUCUCAUUUUAAAAUUCCUAAAUUGCCCUUUCAAAGUGAGCAAAUCUGCGCUUCGUGCCCCUAACACCCCACACAACUGGCCUUCUUUUCUCGCGUUGAUUCACUGGCUGGUGCAAAUUGCUAUGUUCGAAGAACAUUUAGCUGUUAAUUCAAGGGCAUUUGUGGAAAAUAAUACUAUGCUUGUUUAUGCGUUGGACAGUUAUUUGAGUUAUAUUCGCGGCGAUGAUGAUUCUGUUGAUGCUUUAGAUAGAGAGUUUAUGGAGAAAUUGGAGAAAGAAAGAGAGAGUGUGGUUGAAAGUGUUAGGGUUUUGGAGGAGAAUUUUAAAGAAUUGGAGGCGAAAGCGGAGGGGCUGAAAACGGGGCCUACAGAGAGGGAAAAGUUAGAGAAUUUGAGGAAUGUGUUGGAGGAAGAUGUGAAUAAGUUUAAUGCUAUAAUUGCAGAGUUUAAUUCGAGGAUUGAGGGUUUAGAUAAGGUUUUGGUAGAGAAAAGGAAUGAGUUAGAGACGAAAGUUGAGGAGAGGAAAAGGAUUGAUUUGGAGAAUGAGGAUUUGAAGAAGAGAGUCGAAGAGCAGAGUUUUAAUGCACGGGACGCUGAGAGGAUGAAGAGAGAGUUACAAGCAGUCGAAAGAAAUAUUGGUGACGCGGAAAGUGCCAGGAAUUCAUGGGAGGAGAAGAUUUGGGAUCUUAAUACUGAAAUUGGACACAAGUAUAAGGAACUUGAGACACUUUCCAUGGAUUGUAACCAAGCUGUUAGGAGAUUAAAGCUUGGAAAUGGCUUUCAGUAUCUGUUGAAUGCCAAGGGGUCUACACCUACUGAAGUUAUGGGGGUUGACUACAAAUCAGUAGUCAAGCCUGGACUUGCAUCCUUUGCUGAUGACGUAAAGAGAAGCUCUAUGGCAAAACUGGAAGAGUUUAUUUCCCUUCAACAAGGGUCAUCAGAAUUUACUGCGAAGACUGAGGGCAAAAAGAACCGUAUUGCUGCACUUCAAUCUCAUAUUGAUGAAGUGGAAGCUCGGUUAAUCUUAUUGCAAAAUGAGAUGGAGGAGUACACUAAGAGAUGUGCAGUAGAAGCUCAAAAACUGUUGGAGGAUGUUCAAGAGGAGGCUCAUAACUUGGGUAUUCUGGAAAGAGAAGCUGGAGAGAUUCUGAAGGCCUCUGAACUAAAGUUACAAGAGGCAACGAAGCAAAGUGAAGAGGAGAUUCAGAAGAAGGCUCGUGACCUAUUUGCAGUGGUUGAUACAGUCUCAAAAUAUAAGGAACAUAUGGAAUCCAAGAUUUCAGAGAUGAAAAACAAGCUCUCAGAGACUGCUGCUGCUGUCUCUGAUGCUUACAAGCAUUUCUUGCCAGCACAAUUUGGCAUCAACCUCGAUGCUAUAAUAACUUAAAAGAAAUUAUUGUAAAGAGUAUCUAAUCCAACUAUGGUGAAACUUUUAUGUCUUCUAAGUCUCUGUUUGCUUUUAAUUUUCUUUAUCUAAUAUGUUUAGACCAGCAAUAUGACUCAGAAACUUGAUUUUGGAAUAUAUAAUAUAUAUAUAUAUAAUAAGUUUUAUGAA